AUGUCUGACCUAGUGCUCGAUUAUUUACCAGUAGAAUUAUUUUAUGAAAUAUUCUCUUAUCUUUCUGGUUGUCAUAUAUUAAGAGCAUUUCAUUCGAUAAAUAACUAUUUAAAUGAUAUUCUCAUUGGAUAUGAUAACUAUAUGUUAGACAUAUCCUCAUUGGAUAUUUCUAAAAAAGAAUUUGAUCUUGUUUGCUCGUUUCUGCGAUCAGAACAAAUUGUUGGAUUGAAACUUGGUCAAAACGAUUUUCAUUUAGUCAAUCGAUUUAUAACAAGUUUUUCAAAUAGUCAACCAUUAAUUCGUCUUCGAUCACUAUGGAUUGAUGAUACAAUAUUAAUUGACGAAUUGUUUCUAACAAGAUUGUCGUCAAUAAUCAACUAUAAUACACUCAUUUCAAUUCGUUUCGAUCGUAUUCGUCUUAAUAACUCAAAUGUAUCAUCGAAAUAUUCAUUUGAUUCUCUUUCACAUCUUGUUACAUCUUCAAGCCACGAAUUUCGUCAAUUAUCGAACAAGAUACCAAGUCAUUUAACAUAUUUGCAUAUGUUUUUUGAUUCCAUAGUUGAUAUAAUCGAAACUACUUCUCAGUUUUGUAUGUUAAAACGACUAUUAAUGGAUAUGGAUCAACUAAAAUAUUUGACAUUAAUACUGAGCAAACAAUUGGAAACGAAUAGUGAUGCAUUGGAUGGAAUUCAAUGGGAAUUAUUUCUAUCAACAUCAGUCAUUUAUUUAAAAACGUUCAAUUUUAAAUUUGCUAUUAUGGAAACAUCAAAAACACAAAUAAAUUUCCUUUUAAAUAGAUUUCGAUCAAAAUGGUGGUUAGAUAUAAAACAAUGGUUUGUCGAAUAUGAUUAUGAUCAAAGGGCUCUUAUCACUGUACCGUAUUUUGCUUCAAAAAGUUUUGAUAAUACGUAUCCAUAUUCAUUUAGUUUAAUACAGAAUCCUAAUAUGUUUUGUUCGAAUAUUGAAAAUUUAACUAUCAAUUUACCUGGAUACGAAAAACUCGAACAAAUAUUAAUGUCUCAAUUUGUAAAGCGAUCAUGCUUCAAUCAUGUUACACGACUCUCAUUAAAAGGAUGCUUAAUGAUGUAUUUUUGUGAUAAAAUUCGAGAUAAUGUUGAUCUUAGCAUGAUCAAAUAUUUUAGGUUUUCAUCGACGAUCGAUACUUCGAAAGCAGUUAUUCGAUUAAUGGAAAACAUGACUAAUCUUUAUUGUAUACAUAUUCAAUAUUUACAUAGUCUUAGUCUAUUUAAUCAACUUGUAUCACCACUUGUUUCUAUUCGGCGUCUUGUUCUUUUCGAUUAUACAUCAACAACGAGAAAACAACUCUUCUAUCAUAUAUGUCGACUUUUUCCCCGUUUAACCCAUUUGACAACAGACUAUCAUUCACGACAGAUGCUCUGUUAUUUACUAAAUGAACUUCUUGAUCUCGAAAAUGUUACUGUGCAUUUAGCUCGCAGUCAAUAUGCUCCAAGUCAUGCAUGGAUCAGACAACAUAGUCGACUUCAAAGAAAUUUAUUCGAAUCGAAGGUAUUAAAUAUUGCUGAUAGAGAGAAAAGACUGAUUUUAUGGAUCAAUACCAAUAGUGAUAUUGAGAUUACACGUCGUCACCAUCAUAAACUACGAAAAUGUACUAUCCAAUAA